CUACUUAGAGUCUCAGGCUGGGCUGUGGGAAACCAGGAGCGAGUCGGGACUGCCCAGGUGGAGCCGAAGCCCCAGCCAGCGCGGACCCGCAGGCGCACGGGCACCGCGCCAGGCACCGCACCGCACCGCACCGCACCGUUCCGCGCGGGGCAGAGUGGAGCCGCAGCCCCCCGCGCCGCCCAGGACCCACUCGCCACUACCGCCUCCGCAGCACCCAUGGGGACCAGGAGACUUUAAAGGAGUUUGGGGUUUCGAGAGCAGGGAAAUCACGGGUACGGAGAGGCGGCUUUCUUUGCCCUGGAAACGUUUUGUCUUCGUCUGAUUGUUUGGACCCUGUGCCGGAUCCCAGCUCCUGGCCCUCACCUCGCCGCGUCAUUGAUGGGCAACCAACUGGACCGCAUCACCCACCUCAACUACAGCGAGUUGCCCACAGGGGACCCGUCGGGGAUCGAGAAGGACGAACUACGGGUCGGGGUCGCCUACUUCUUCUCGGAUGAGGAGGAGGACCUGGACGAACGCGGCCAGCCCGACAAAUUUGGCGUGAAGGCCCCCCCGGGCUGCAGUCCCUGCCCAGAGAGCCCCAGCCGCCACCACCACCACCACCACCUGCUGCACCAGCUGGUCCUCAACGAAACUCAGUUCUCCGCCUUUCGGGGCCAGGAAUGCAUCUUUUCCAAAGUGAGCGGCGGCCCUCAGGGCGCCGACCUGAGCGUCUACGCGGUCAGCGCGCUGCCCGCGCUCUGCGAGCCCGGCGACCUGCUGGAGCUGCUGUGGCUGCAGCCCGCGCCGGAGCCGCCCGCGCCCGCCCGGCACUGGGCCGUCUACGUGGGCGGUGGGCAGAUCAUCCACCUGCACCAAGGCGAGAUUCGCCAGGACAGCCUGUACGAGGCGGGCGCGGCAAACGUGGGCCGGGUGGUGAAUAGCUGGUACCGCUACCGCCCGCUGGUGGCCGAGCUGGUGGUGCAGAACGCCUGCGGCCACCUGGGCCUCAAGAGCGAGGAGAUCUGCUGGACGAACUCGGAGAGCUUCGCCGCCUGGUGCCGCUUUGGAAAGCGGGAGUUCAAGGCGGGAGGGGAGGUGCCGGCCGGCACGCAGCCCCCGCAGCAGCAGUACUAUCUCAAGGUGCACCUGGCUGAGAACAAGGUGCACACAGCCAGGUUUCACAGCCUGGAAGACCUCAUCCGCGAGAAGCGCCGGAUCGACGCCACCGGCAGCCUGCGAGUGCUCCAGGAGCUCACCGACCUCGUGGACGACAAGGAGUAGUCUCGAGGGGGGCCUCCUGCCCCUCCUGUCUUCCCGCGCCCCGCUCCCUUCCCCGCACCCGGGCUUCCGGCCGGCGACUCACGAGCCCUGUCCCCGUCCGCCACGGGCGGCCGGUGCCCAGGCUGCGCCCUCGCACCCCUCCAGCAAGUGGCAGGAAGUCUCAGGAACUGGCCCCGGGACGGAAAGGGCAGCUGUGCGCGCCUGGCCGAGACUCCCCGUAGUGGUGAUGGUGUUGGGAAGCACAGCGUGCGGUUUUCCCUUUAGUUUAAGGGGAAAACGGAGAAUAGGCUGAGGGGAGCAGGGACGUGGCCUCCCCCGAGAGUCACCGGUGAGUGACUAUCACCCGAUCUACUAGAAAGGGACCAUCACCUCCCCAAACGCACGCAGACAGACCGGUCGGAGGUCAGAAUUGAUCUUUUCAGGGCACAGUUCACCUCCUGUAUGGAUGUGUCCCAAGAUUGCAGGAUUUCCAAGAAAUCCAGCCUGUCCCUGAUGCACUUGUGAAUAAUUCCACAAGCAAGCACUUCGGGACUCUGAGUUAUCCCGAGCCUGCCCGGGACUUUUCCAGCUCUCCAGCCCCGAUCUCCUGACAUUGUAUUCCAGGCUCCUGGCUAAGCUAGUUAGUGUUUGCUUCCUAUUCUUUCCAUCGAGGGAAGCGAACGCCACCCCCCACCCGCAUUUGCCUCUGAGCCUCCCUCGCUGGCAGGAGGGAAGCCUUCCCGGUCCCGGGAGGAAAAUGGCGCAGCUACUUUGGCUAGGAGAGCCGGCCCCGCCCCCGGCAAGCAGAAGGUUCGCCCGGUGUCUGGGAAUUUGAAUUUGUGGAGAAAGGCGCUUGUUGUUCUUAACCCUAGAUUGCUUCCCUCUUUGGGCUGCAUUUCCAAAAUAGUCCUAUUUUUAAAGGGGUUGGCAGGAGAGGGAGGGGGAAGACAUGGCAACAUUCCAGAAACCAGCAUUAUUAACAACACCAUAGCCAGUAUAUUUAGUUUAGCUCUUCCUAACAUAGAAAUCUUAAAAGGUGGGGGAAGUGGAAAUAAAGUUUUAAAAAUGAGAGAGCAGUUUUCCAACUAUGUCAACAAAGCCUAUCGUGUUGAUGUUUUUAUUGACCAUUUUAGCAACAUGCUAAUAAAAUUUCAAAUUGAAAUUUUUAUUUUCAUGGCUUUAAUCCAUGAUGGUUUAAAUACUGGGGGCCAUUAAGAGUGGAUUUAGCUAAGAGCUUAGCUAACAUUGCCUUUUUGCUCUAUUUUUCUCAAAUCUUAGGAGACUUCUGUUUUUGAAUAUUGUAGUUAAUUUUUUGGCUUGAAAUGGCAGCCCUAGUAAUGGUGGAGUUGUUAAUCAAUGUGUAUAUUGUACUGAAUUUCUGUCAUUUAAUGGGUUUACUGCUUUGGUGGAAAUUGCUAGCAGGUUCCAUGAUGUUUCUUUUCUCCAUGUUGUAUACCAUUACACUCCUCAUUUGCAUUUCUAUUUUUCUUCCUCUCCUCUUGAUCUCCUUAAAAAAGAAUCAAGAGUUGGUGGCUUUCCCCUCCUCUUUAGCCAGUCCCACAACUCUUUCCUGAAAACCAGAAAGGACUUUAGACAAACCCGUGUUUUUCAAAAAAUUAAGGCUGUUUGGAACCCCUUCCCUGGGCAAGGAUUUACCAACUUCUCUCCCUGUGCAGCAGCCCCAACCUGACUGACUGUUACUUGAUUCAGUGUGUGUUAGACACCUACAGCAUCUGUGUCCCCUCCAAGGGAAUUUGUCGAAUAAUGGUGUUUAGCUAAUUGUUGAAGCAAUUGCAUACUGACAGCUGUGAUUUAGUUGGACAGCAAAUAUUAUGGCCAAAGCCAGUUUCUUGGCAUUUCAAAAAUAAUGCAAUAAAAACUAGUCGAGGUUAGCUGAGACUGGAAAUGCCUUUUUCAUGGUAAAUGAUUCAUUUCUGUUUUGUUAUUUUGAUUUUCAUGCUGGAUUCAUUCUCUGAUCUUGAAUCAAAAGGUCGGAUCAAUGAAAUAUGAACUAGAGUAUUUUUCUUAAGCCUAUUGAGUGAUUUAUUUUUUAAAAAAUGUUUAAAUGCAUAUGCUUUUCUUUCAGCACAUACAAUGGCAAAACUUUUGUAAUAACUCACUUACCUUUGCAUGCGUGGAGAACUGAAAGUCAUUUAUUUCCCUAACUUAGUCCUCUUUCAGAUAACAGAUGGCAGGUCAUAAACUGAAAUUCUUGAUUGUAUCUACACACUCCAGAUCCUGCCCUGUGUCCUCCUGCUGUAUCUUGGCUCUCUGCUGUAUUAAACAACAUCCUAAGCACUUGUUCCCACGGGACUCCUUCUUGACGUUUUGUCUUCCACCUGUCACUCAGAGGGUGGGACUUCAGCAAAAGAAAUGAAUCAGUCUAUCAUACCUAAUACUAAGAUUUAUUUCCUCUGAUGGCACAUAAUCUGAUUUUUUUCUUACUAAGAGGGUCACUAUAACAGAGGAAUGGCUUAUCAGCUUUAUACUUGCCAAGACUAGACUGUCAAUAAAAAUACGAGUUUGGCAGCGAAAGUAGCGUUCAUUACUAUGUUGGCCUAUAAAGGAUUAGGUUGAUGAUAAUACUUCUACAAACUCACAGGAAUAAAACAGUGGUUACAAAGGAAACUUGGAAAGUUUGUAAGGUUUCUUAUAUUCCUGUUGAAAUAAUCAUUUAUUAUCUGUUGAUCAAUGCUAAUAAUAACCAGUGGCAGAAAACUUCUAAUCAUACCUUUAUUCUGAAAAAUGUGUAUAUUUCUAGGGUAUUAUGAACAAUUUGAGUGAAAACCAAGCAGAUGGAUGUUCCCUUUGAAGAUGGCAUGGGCACACUUGAUUUUUAUUAUGAGUGAAUAUAAUAUCUCUGGAUUUUAUCCGAGUUAUAGAAAUUAAGCCAAAAGGCUCUUAGCAUUUUACUAGAGGUCAGGAAUUUAGUUUUGGUUUUAGUAUCCUCAAGAGAAUGGAGUUUCAUAGUAGCUUUCAUGAUAGUGAGUGUGGCUAAGUUGGAGGCUGGUUCUUUCCUCUAUUCCAGAUAGAGGAAAACUACUCUUACUCCUCCAUUCUUGUUCCACUUUCAGAGGGAGAUUCUGAAAAGCAAACUAUUUAAAAAAAAAAAAAAAAAAGGGUGAAUAUUUUUACUCCAAGGAGUGCUUCGCUACGCAUUUUGUUGUUUAAAAAACCCCAAAAACUGGGGAGAAAGAAGGCUGGGCGUACAUUAAACAAAAUCAGCCCAGAAACACUGUUAUUCCCAAAGUGUAUUCCUUUAUUAAGAAAAAAAAAAUCCUGUGGAAGUUACAUGUAUUGCACUUAUUUGUAAAAGAAAAUUAAAAGUAUAUCAAUGAGCCAAAUAGAUAGAUAUAUCAAGUUCCUCAAUAUUGAAAAAAUUUUAAUCCUUGUCAUGACUGCCAUUUUAUUAAAUGAAAGGGUAAUAUAUAUUCGCUUGUAGUUAGAAAACACUUGUGCCAGAUUAGAACAUCAAAUGCAAUGAUGUUACAUGAUUUUAGUAGAUUUUCAAAAUUUUGAUGAUUUUUUCUCUCUUGGGUCGUGUUUCUUUGGUAAAUACUUUUGUUUGAAUAAUGAUUUCUUUUUUCAGAAAAGCAUGCUAUUGGUGUUUACAAAAUAUCGAAUUACCUGAAUAAUCAGUAUCCUAACAGCCUUCAAACAUUACUUUAUUGAUUAAUUAUGUUUUGUGUGUGCUUUCAACAUUCCUAAGAAUCCAAUGUCUUAGUCAUCUAAUAAAUGGAGUAGGGUCAACUUUCAGUGAAAUUAAUACUAAUUGCACAAACAUAAUUGAGCAACCUAAUUUCCUUUUGUCCAAAUGCAUAUCUUCAAAGCUUUCUGCUUUCUCUUUUUUAAACAAAUGGAGAGAAUCUAGUUAGGUCUGCCUUUCAGAGAUGAUUUGCCACAUGCGUAAAGGGUCUGCAGGUGAAAAUUACAGGCUUUCAGGCUUCUUGAAACGUUAAGAACUGUGUUUAGACAAUGGUUUAGACAAUGGUCUGAGACCCACCUUGAUAUUUUUUUGUUGACAAUUACUAGCUAUUGGCAGUAUAUAUAUAUGUAUGUAUACUGUAUAUAUACAGUAUACAUACAUACACAUACAUAUGUGUACAUAUAUAUCAUUUCUACCUAGAGGUAGAAAUUGUGAUUUCAUUCAGAGAGAUAUACAGAUAUAGACAUGCAUACAUACAGAUUAUUUAAAAACAAAUUAGAGAGUGACUUGAGACCUACAAAAACAGGAGGAAAAGUUCUAGGGGUUAAAAUAGGGAAUGAGUAUCCAGGACAGCAAAGCAGCUACACCUCAAACUAAGCAUAAACAAAAAGAAGAAAAUGUGGGCGGUGCAGUCAGUUUUAGUCUCACCUUUAGAAGAAUACGUUCCUUGUUUCUCUAACUAAAGAGACAUAUGAUUCAAAAGGAAAGCUGCAAAGAUUAAGAAGUAAUUGAAAAAUAAGAUGCAAGAUGAAGUGGGGAGGUUAUGAGAUGAUAAAAUAAGCUAAUAAGCUUUGCAACGGGAUACCUAUUCUCUAUUCUAACUGAGACGAUAAAGCUGAGAUCCUGUUUUCCAACCAUUUAAUGAUUUAUAAAAUCUCCUUGAUUUCAUAA